GAGGAGGAAGAGGAGGAGAUGGAGGAGGAGGGCCGCACAGGAGAGGCGGGGCAGCACAAAACUGUCCGAGGUCUGCCUGGAGCCCAGAUCCCAUGGAGGCAGCGGGCUGCAGCUACCAAUUCCGGAUCGCUCUGCUCGGGGACGCCGCGGUGGGCAAGACGUCACUGCUGCGGCGCUACGUGGCGGGCGCUCGGGGUGCGGUGGAGCCGGAGCCGGAGCCCACUGUGGGCGUGGAGUUCUACAGUCGCGCGCUGCAGCUGCCCGCCGGGCUGCGGGUCAAGCUGCAGCUCUGGGACACCGCGGGUCACGAGCGCUUCAGGACCAUCACCCGAUCCUUCUACCGGAACAUGGUGGGCGUUCUGUUAGUUUUCGACGUAACCAACAGAGAAUCCUUUGAACACAUCCAAGCCUGGCACCAGGAGGUCUUAUCCUCUCAGGGCCCUGACAAAGUGAUCUUCUUAUUGAUUGGCCACAAGUGCGACCUAAGCAGCCGAAGUGUCUCCACCCAGGAGGCAGAGGAACUGGCUGCCUCGCUGGGCAUGGCCUUCAUGGAGACCUCGGCCAAAAGUAACUGCAAUGUGGACCUGGCAUUUGACACUGUCGCCCGCGCCAUCGAACAGGCCCUGCAGCAGGGGGACAUCAAGCUGGAAGAGGACUGGGCAGGUGUCCGGCUCCUCCACAGAGCCCCAAACCCCAGAUCUCCCAGCAGGAAGCAGGACUCAGGCCCAUGCCAGUGUUGACUCUGGGAGAGAAAGGGUUACAGUGGUGCCAGCCUCAGACGCCCCAGGGGACUGGAGGGCAAAUGACAAGACACUGCCUCCUGACAUGUUCCUGGCUUCUAAUUCUUGGCCCUUUUUUUUUUUUUUUUGGUCAAGAUUGAACACAGGGCUUGGCCAGCCACAGAUAUCUUCAGCCCUUUUAUCGCUUCUGUUUUCAGAAUGCUCUUGCUCAGUCCCCAGGCUAGCCUUGAACCUCAGCCUCUUGAGUGACUGAGAUUACAGAAGUGUUCCACUAGGCCCGGCCCUCUCGUGGGUUUUUAGUUCACAGCACAACCCCUUUCUAGAGAGAAAUCUAAGCUCGGGUACGCAAGUUAAUGUCAUUUAGCCAAGUUUUCUUAUCUAUCGGUGUGACGUGGCAGUCCACAAAUGCCCAUAAUUCCCAAACUCGGAGGCAGGACAAAGAUGUCCUCAGCUUCAUAGAAUUCAAGGUCAGCCUGGGCUAUAGGAGACUAUUGCAAAAACAAACAAACAAACAAACAAACAAACCAAGAAUAAAAACAUUUAAAACCUUCUUUUCUUAAUUCCACUGCACAGGGAGGCUGAGGCUGCAUAAGAGACAGGCUUGCUGCCUCAGCCUGCCUCGCUGGCAGCUGAUAGCAAGCUUCUGGCUUCCUUUCUUGGCUUCAACAUUUUCAUUCCUGGCAGCAUUCCUGGCCUGGGAGCCGGCUUCCCAGCAGCUCACUGUUUUGCUGUGGGCUAAUGUGGGGAAUUCCAGUGCAAGCUUGGCUAAGCGCUUCCCCAGCCCUUAGAGUAGCAUGGGUCUGGCCUUAGCACGCAUUGCUUCUCACUGUUCCCACCCCAAGCUCAGUGACUACCGUUGAAUUUGGGGGUUGACCAUGAAGGAGCUGCAGGGUGCCAAGCUCUUCCCUAUGAUCCUGCAUUCACAUCCCCCACAUCUUUUUCUUUCGCUUCCCGGGUCCUUGUGCGUAUGCUCUAUCCCCAGAUGCAGAGGCAGUCUUAUUCUCCUUCACUUCCUUCCACCUUCUUCUCAUUUCUCUCCUUUCUUGUCCUUAUCUCUCUCCUGCUCCUUCUUGGACAGGAUUUUAUGUAUUAGAGGCUGGUUUCAAACUUAAAAGUCUUAGCUGGCGGUGGUGGCGCCUUUAAUUCCAGCACUCGGGAGAGGCAGAGGCAGGCGGAUCUCUGAGUUGGAGGUCAGACUGGUCUACAGAGUGAGUUCCAGAACAGGCUCCAAAGAUACACAGAGAAAUAAAAGUGUCCUUGAACUCCCAAAGCUUCAACUGCAAGCUCCCAGCAGCUGGGAUCACAGGCCUGCACAACCCUACCUAGUCUAUGUAGUACAGGAGGGAUCAAAACCAAACCUGGUGCACGCUAGGCAAGCACUCUACCAACUGAGAUACGGUCCCAGCUGUUGAUUUUUUGAGACCAGAGCAAAGUAGUCCUAGAACAGAACUCAUGGCAGUCCUCCUGUCUCUGUCUCCUGAGUGCUGAAGUUACAGACACAUGCCACCAUACUUAGUUACAGACACAUACCUUGUCUUUCUUAACUCCAUUAAGACCUUAUUUCUACAUGGGAAGUAGAAAGUAGAAAAAGACAAGAUUUCCUGAGUAAAUUGGGAGCAUGGGGACCUUGGGGGAGGGAUGAAGGGCAGAAGGGAGAGGCAGGGAGGGGAACAGAGAAAAAUGUAGAGCUUAAUAAAUGUCAAUAAAAAAAGAGAGAUGGGGGAGAAUGUGGGUGGAUACAGGGAAGGUGUAGAGCAGGAUGCUGAUUUGGAUUGGACUCUGAGUUUCCCAGAGACAAUAAACUCCAGUGGCUAUGAAAAAAAAAAACCUUAUUUCAGUUUUUCCCUCCUUUUCCUGGCCCGCCCCAUACAGGCACAGGAAGCCUCUUCAUAAUGGCUUCCUAGUCCUAGGUGGUCCUUCUGUCUUCAGCUCUUCUCCUGCUCUAAUAGCCAGCAUGUACACAAACACACACACUGCUUUUUAGUGAAUUCUUCCCCAGAAGAGUCCUUCCAGGUUGCAUCUUCGGUCCAAACCACUACGGGCAACAUCCCAGUCAGCAUUUUCCUGCUUCCAGCUGCAGUCUUCAGCCUAGCACACCAGGCAAUGCCUUAGCAUCAGCACAGACAUACCAGCCUCACCUGAAGCUUCACUGGCUUCCGACUGUCCGGGCAGCAGGUCUAGAGUCCAGCUUAGCAUGUGAAUCUCUUUGUUUUGUUCUUCUGGAUUUGAGACAGGGUCUCUCUAUAAAGGACUGGAUAUCCUGGAAUUCCCUGUGUAGACCAGGAACUCUCUGAACUCAGAGUUCCACUGGGCUCUGCCUCCUGAGUGCUGGGAUUUAAGGCACAUGCCACUGCACCUAGCCAACAUGCCAAUCAUCUUUUUUAUUUUUUUCUUUUUUGAGACAGGGUUUCUGUAUCUUUGGAGUCUGGCCUAGAACUCGCUCUGGCCUCAAACUCAGAGACCAGCCUGCUUCUGCCUCCUGAAUGCUGGAAUUAAAGGUGUGUAUUGUGUACCACCACAGCCUGGCUCAUGCCAAUUUUUUUGUUUUGUUUUUGUUUUCCGAGAGCUUUGGAGCCUGUCCUGGAACUAGCUCUUAUAGACCAGGCUGGCCUCAAACUCACAAAGAUCCACCUGCCUCUGCCUCCCCAGUGCUAGAAUUAAAGGCGUGCGCCACCACCGCCCAGCUCUCAUGCCAAUCUUUUAAAAAAUUAUUAUUUCCUUCAAGGACAGGGUUUCUCUGUGUAUCCCUAGCUGACCUGAAACUCACUUUGCAGACCAGGCUGGCCUUGAGCUCACAGAGAACCACUUUUCUCUACCUUAUCUUCCCCAGCGCUGGGAUUAAAGGCAUCCAACAUACCUGGCUUUUUAUGUACUUAGUUUGAGUACCCUUGAGCUUGCUAUGUAGACCAGGCUGCUUUUUUCGUUUGUUUUUGGUUAUUGUUGUUUGUUGGUUUGGUUUUCUUUCUUUCUUUUUUUUUUUUUUUUUUUUUUGAAUUUUCGAGACAGGGUUUCUCCGUAGCUUUUUUGGUUCCUGUCCUGUCCUGGAACUAGCUCUUGUAGACCAGGCUGGCCUCAAACUCACAGAGAUCCACCUGCCUCUGCCUCCCGAGUGCUGGGAUUAAAGCCGUGCGCCACCACUGCCCAGCUCUGGUUUGGUUUUCAAGACAGGAUUUCUCUGUUUGACAGACAGCCCGGCUGUCCGGAACUCACUUUGUUUACCAGGCUGGCCUCCAACUCUCACAGAAAGAGCUGCCUGCCUCUUCCUCCCCAUGCAUCCCAAGCCCAGCAUCCAGGCUGACCUUGAACUCACAGAGGUCCCAUCUGCCUCUGCCUCCUGAGCACUACGAUUAAGCACAUACCCACCAUGUCCCUCUAUUUAUGUGUAUGUGUGAAUGCCUGCUUGUCUAUCUGUGUACCACGAGCAGUCAGUACCAAGGGCUCAGGAGAGGGCAUCAGACUGGAGUCAAGCCAGGGCCCUCUUGCCACCUUUCCAGUUACUGUAUAACAAUCGUGAAUAAACAGAAUCUCUCUGGAUUUAUUUUUUGGAGGGUGAGGGUAGAAGUUUUAUCCAGCAACUCCAACAAACAGGCAGGUAUGGUGAUGUAUAUAAACAGACAAAUAAAUAGGGGCUGGAGAGUUGGCUCAGUGGUUAAGAGCAAUAACUGCCCUUCCAUAGGAUCCGGGUUCAAUUCCCAGCAUCCACAUGGCAGCUCACAACUGUCUUUAAGUCCGGUUCCACUCUCACACAGACAUACAUACAGGCAAAACACCAAUGCACAUCAAACAAAAUUAAAUAAAAGCUUAAAAA